GGAGGGAGCGGCCGCCCCGUCCUCCGCCCGUCGGGGAUGGACCCACCGCCACCCGACGAGCAGGACGCCCCCGACGGCCAGGAGCCGCCCGCAGAGGUAGGAGAACCGCCGGUGCCAACGGCUUGAGCCCCAGAGGAUCCCGGGCCGGGGCGCCUGCAGGAUGGAGCCGAUCACGUUCACGGCCGGGAGGCCCACGGGCACCGAGGUGCCGGCCGAGUUCUCUCUGGAGCUGGUGGGCUCGCUGGCCGUGCACCCCCUCACCACCAUGCCCAUCCUGCCCUGGGUGGUGGCCGAGGUGCGGGGCCUGCGGCCCAGGCAGCCCGGCGCCCAGCGCAUCCGGCUCCUGGUGUCCGGCGCGGGGCUGAAGGGCGAGCCGGACCCGGGGGCCGGCCAGCAGCGGGACCCCCCCAUCCGCCCCUGCGUCUUCGAGCACAAGCCCCAGCACGUGCGCAAGCUGAUCCACAACAGCCACGACCCGAGCUACUUCGCCUGUCUGGUCAAGGACCACGCCGAGGCCCCACGGCAGAGCGUCUGUUACGUGUUCCGAGCCGACGACCAAACCAAAGUGCCAGAAAUCAUCGGCUCCAUCAGACAGGCUGGGAAGAUCGCCCGCCAAGAAGAGUUCCACUCUCCUUCCGAGUUCGACGACACUUUCGCCAAGAAGUUCGAGGUCCUGUUCUGUGGGCGUGUGACCGUAGCCCACAAGAAGGCCCCCCCAGCGCUAAUCGAUGAGUGCAUCGAGAAGUUCAACCACGUCAGCUGCUCCCGCAAAGCGGAGUCUGACUCGACCUCCCGGAGCCUACAGGCCUCAAACAGCUCGGAAGGGCUCUCGCUCUCGGAGAAGUUCCGGUCGGCCUUUCAACCCGGGAGCGGCGAGGAAGGGGACAGGCGGCCUAUUCGCAAGUCUUGCUCUCAGCCCGGACUGCGUUCCUUGGCUUUCAGGAAGGAAUUUCACGAUGGAAGCCGCAGGACCGGUAGCCUUUUCCGAUCCUUUGAAGGAAACGACAUCGAGAGCCACCUCCUUGGGGGCCACAACACGGUGCAGCCGACAGACAUUGAGGAAAAUCGAACUAUGUUAUUCACGAUCGGCCAGUCUGCGGUCUUCCUCAUCAGUCCUGACACAAAGAAAGUAGCGCUGGAGAAAAGCUUUAAGGAGAUUUCCUUUUGCUCUCAGGGAAUUAGCCAUGUGGAUCACUUUGGGUUCAUCUGCAGAGAGUCUUCAGGGAGCGGUGGAGUCCACUUUGUCUGCUACGUAUUCCAGUGCACAAAUGAGGCCUUGGUGGAUGAAAUCAUGAUGACGCUGAAGCAGGCCUUCACGGUUGCGGCAGUGCAGCAGACGUGCAGAGGCCCCGCGCAGUUGUGCGAAGGCUGCCCCAUGCAGAACCUGCACAGACUCUGCGAGAAGAUCGACGGGUUGCCCUCUUCUAAGACAAAACUGGAACUCCAGAGGCACCUGACAACUCUAAACAAUCAAGAGCAGGCAUUGAUUUUUGAGGAGGUUCAGAAAAUAAGGCCGAGAAAUGAGCAGAGGGAGAACGAGUUGAUUAUUUCCUUCCUGAGAAGCCUGUACGAAGAGAAGCAGAAAGACCACGUUCACCUGGGGGCAGGGAUGCAGGCUGCAGCGGAGAGUACGGGCCAAGAGUUGGGGAGCCCCGGGCCCCGGUUUCGACUGGAUAUGCUAAAGAGCAAAGCGAAGAGGUCGCUGACCGAGUCAUUGGAAAGCAUUUUAUCCAGGGGUAAUAAAGCCCGAGGUCCCCGAGAGCCUACUGGACCUGUGGACCGGGACAUCUGUGUAGCCAGCACACAAAUCAGCACCGACAAAGAGCCGCAGGAGGGUGAGAGCGAGCCCCUCCACCCGCCGGGCAGUCCGUAUGAAGCCGCGGGGCCGGCGGAUGACCCCGCCGUCACGGCCCCCGAGACCCCGCCCACGGGGGACACGGCUCAGGCGUCCCAGCAGGGGCUCAGGCGGCGAGCCAACACCCUGAGCCACAUCCCCGUGGACCGUUGGAAGUCCUCGGAUGCUACGGAGACCCCGCUGGGCAUGCCUCAGAGAAAACUUUUGAGGUACCACUCGGUGAGCACAGAGACUCCUCACGAACGAAACCUGAACCCAUCUAUCAGCGAGUCAGAAAGCUGGCCAGACCAGUCCUCCACUCCCUCUCCUCCACCUGGCCUUACCCCCUGUACCUCUUCGCCCAGUCUUUUUAAAUCCCUAAGGCCCGCUCCCAGCGGAGAGCAGAGCAGCCCUGCGGCGCCAAAGAGCAUUUCUUAUCGUAGUGCCCUGCGGAAAAAGCUUCACUCUUCCUCCUCUGUGCCCAAUUUUCUAAAAUUUCUGGCUCCCGUCGAUGAAAAUAGCACGUCUGACUUUAGGACCUCGCAAAGUGAUGUGGGGUCGGAAGCGAAGCUGCCGGAGGGCGGAGAUGGGGAAAGCCCCGCCCGGCCCCGGAGACACUCUUGGAGGCAGCAGAUCUUCCUCCGGGUGGCAACGCCGCAGAAGGGCUGUGAUCCCCCCAGCCGAUAUGAAGAGUACCCGGAUCUGGGGGACCUCCCUCCGCGGUCCCCCCUGCAGCCGGUCCGUGAGGAUGGGCCCCCGCGGGAGGCAGCGGCGAGGCGGCGGACCCCCCGGGAACUCCGCGAGUUGUGGCACAAAGCAAUCCUGCAGCAGAUCCUGUUGCUUCGCAUGGAGAAGGAGAACCGGAAGCUGCAAGCUUCCGAAAACGAUCUGCUGAACAGGCGCCUGAAGCUUGAUUACGAGGAAAUCACGCCCUGCCUCAAGGAUGCGACGGCCACCUGGGAGAGUAUGCUGAGCACGCCGGGGAGGGCCAGGAUCAAGUUUGAGGCCGAAAGACUCCAUUCCGCCGUGGGUCAAGGUGUGCCCCGCCAGCACCGCGGUGAGGUCUGGAAGUUCCUAGCAGAACAGCAGCAGCUGGAACCUCCACUUUUCAGCAAGCAGCAGCCCAAAGACACCCCCUACAAGGAACUUUUGAAGCAGCUCACCUCCCAACAGCACGCAAUUCUCAUUGACUUAGGAAGAACUUUCCCAACGCACCCGUACUUCUCGGCCCAGUUGGGAGCUGGUCAGCUGUCCCUGUACAACAUCCUGAAGGCCUACUCGCUGCUGGACCAGGAGGUGGGCUACUGCCAAGGCCUCAGCUUCGUGGCCGGCGUCCUGCUCCUGCACAUGGCCGAAGAGGACGCGUUCAGAAUGCUCAAGUUCCUCAUGUUCGACGCGGGCCUACGGAAGCAGUAUUGCCCAGAUAUGACCAUCCUGCAGAUCCAGAUGUACCAGCUCUCCAGACUCCUUCACGAUUACCACCGGGAUCUCCACGACCACUUGGAAGAACACGAGAUCGGCCCCAGCCUCUACGCGGCCCCAUGGUUCCUCACGGUGUUUGCAUCCCAGUUCCCGCUGGGGUUUGUGGCCAGAGUCUUUGAUUUGAUCUUCCUCCAGGGAACAGAAGUUAUAUUUAAAGUGGCUUUAAGUCUGUUGGGCAGCCACAAGCCCCUGAUCCUGCAGUACGAGAAUUUAGAAACCAUAGUGGAUUUUAUCAAGAACACCCUGCCGAACCUGGGCCUGCUGCAGAUGGAAAAAACCAUCGAUCAGGUGUUGGACAUGCAUAUCGGGCGGCAGCUGCAGGCUUACGAGGUGGAGUACCUAGUGCUGCAGGACGAACUGCUGCUGCAGGAACAGCUGCCGCCGCCGCCGCCACCGUCACAAGGCCAGCUCCCCGAGGCCGCUCCACCGGGCGGACAGCAGCGGCUGCAGCGGCUGGAGAAGGCCAACGGGACCUUGCGCAAGCAGAACCUGGACCUCCUGGAGGAGCUGCAGGUGGCCAACGGGCGCAUCCACAGCCUCGAGGCCACUAUCGAGGUCCUGCUGGCCAGUGAGAAGCAGCUGAAGCGGACGGCCGAGGAGCUGGAGCGGGAGCGGGCGGCCCUGCUGCAGACCGUGGAGGAGCUGCGGGCGGUGCGCGGGGUCUUGGCAGACACAGCGGGGCCCACCCCGGGGCCCACACCUGACAACUGACCGUGGCGGGCCGGCCGCAGGAUGGACAGAGGGGAGGGCCGCGGACCCUCAGGGAGGGCAGUGGCCGGGCCCGGCCCCUCGAGGAGGAGACCCCCCACACACACUCAUCCACCCUCUGGAAGGGCAGAGCUGGUGCUGGUUGGAGAGAAGGGCCCGGACCAUCCGGAUCCCGUCCUGGGCCACUGCGGCAGCUGGCCCCCGGACCCCCAGGCCCCCCACCUCCACUCAGCAUCCCUCCAGGCUGCUUCCUGCUGCUGCUGAUGCUCUUUCAGGCCCAGCAGGGCAGGCAGAGAGAGUCGGAGGCUCUCCCGCCCCACACCAGGACCUCCCGAACCCUGGCCUUCUCCCCACCUGCACCAGGACCCCGGCCCUGUCAUCACGGGUUAGAUCUGGGCUUUGGUGCGGCCGUCGGGGCUGGUGGGGAUGAGUUCCCAUCUCCGGGACGGGAGACCCCUCAGUGUUAUGGGGUUGUGGGCCGGGGGGCCAGUCUCUCUCAUAUGUUUUUUGUCAAUCGUCCCCAUGGGCACUGCCGAGUAACUUUAUAUAAACAGCGUUUUAGCCUCUUC